CGAGCUUCUUGGAUUUCGAUUUGUUAGUCGAGCUUUGUUAGCUCGGGCAAAUAUGAUCGAUCGGUUACGUCACGCCAACGGGGCCACCGGAAAAAGGGAUACCAUUUCCGUUUUAGUACCGGGCUUUGGCUCUCUGUUACAUUUGCCCUUACAAGUGAAACUGAGGUAGCAGAACCAGAAGAUAGCGCGCCGGCCAUGUCCUCCUCCUCCUGCUCCUCCUGGUGUUCAUCAUCAUCGUCAGCUUCUUCACCGAUCUCCGCCUCCCCAGCGCCCUUCCCAUCCACCUCCAAAUUCAAGCCCAUCCUCACAAUCGCACCCCAUGCCACCACAACCACCAUCCCCAAAAUGUCCCUCAAACCUCGCGACUUUCACAAUCCUGCCCCCCAACCUCCCUCCUCCUCAUCCUCCUCCAUCCUCACCGCCUUGUCCGCCCUCCUGUUCGGCCCCUCUCUCCCCCCGGGCCUCCUCGUCUCCUCCGUCCGCUCCGCUUGGACCGCCGCCUGGCGCGUCAUGAUGUCGCAGCUCGCCCCCUCCGACCCCUCCGGCCGCUACGCCCGCCCCGCCUCCCGCUUCCGUCUCGCCGGCCCCGUCGCCCCGAGGCCCGGCGGCCUCCACCUCUACGUGGGCCUUCCCUGCCCGUGGGCCCACCGGGCGCUCGUCGUCCGGGCUCUCAAGGGCCUCGAGGAGGCCGUGCCAGUGUCCGUAGCGUCCCCGGGCGCGGACGGCUCGUGGGAGUUCCGGGACCCGCCCGGCCCCGGCCCCGAAAGGGGCGACCUGGUCCCGGGGCGGGACAAGGCCAACAAGCGCCGGAACCUGAGGGAGGUGUACGGGCUGAGGAGGGGAGGGUACAGCGGGCGUUGCACGGUGCCGAUGCUGUGGGAUGUGGAUCGGAGCGACGUGGCUUGCAAUGAGAGUUACGACAUCAUCAAGGUGUUCAAUUCAGGCCUGAACGGGCUGGCCCGAAACCCGGAGGUGGACCUCUCGCCGCCCGAAUUGGAGGAAGAGAUUGAGGAGUGGAACCGGGUGAUCUAUCCCGGCGUCAACAACGGAGUGUACAGGUGCGGAUUUGCUCAGAGCCAAGAGGCCUACGACGCGGCAGUGGACGAGUUAUUCGGCACCCUGGACAGAUUGGAGGAUCGGUUGAGCCGGUCGCGGUACCUGUGCGGCAGUGGGCUGACCCUGGCGGACGUGUGCCUGUUCACGACCUUGGUUCGGUUCGAUCUCGUGUACAAUGUCCUCUUCAAGUGCACAAAGAAGAAGCUGGUGGAGUAUCCCAACCUUCAUGGGUACAUGCGCGACAUUUAUCAGGUGCCGAAGGUGGCGGCGACUUGCGAUUUCGACGCGAUCAUGGAUGGUUACUACAGAUUUCUUUUUCCUCUAAACCCGGGCAAUAUCAAGCCAGCCAUGCCUGCGGCUUUCGCGCACAAUGCUUUAUUCGAGCCCCACGACAGGGAAAGAUUGUCAUCACAAAGUAGAGGGACUUUGGUUAACACGUAACACAGACUCCUCCACAGUUAAAACUGCAGAUAGAUAUGACUACAGAACACAUUCUGUAUUAGAAACAAAUGCUCGAGUAUAUUUAUGUUUCACACCCCUGAGGUCGUUUGAAUUGCUUAUACUCUCACAGGAUUAAUUGGGAAAAAGUAGCU